CGCCGCUCGGCGUCAUGAAGGAGGUGUCGGUACCUUGGCAGAAGUACCUCAGUUUAGGUAGAGGCAGAGCAGGAGAAGUUGUAGGACAAGCCCCGGUGGUGUGAGGUUGUCCGUCGAGCUGUGGUCCAAGUGUCAGUCUACGGUGUUUAUAAGUGAUCAUAAGCGGACAGUGGAGCCGGGACCGACGUGCUGUCUGACAGAGGAGCUAACACCGUCUGAAGUUGUGUCGAGUUGGCAGAGAUGUUUCAAAUAAAGAGGAUCUGUUGCAUUGGUGCUGGGUACGUAGGAGGCCCAACAUGCAGUGUGAUCGCCAACAUGUGUCCAGAGAUCACGGUGACUGUCGUGGAUGUCAAUGAGUCUCGUAUCAAAGCCUGGAACUCGGACACUCUGCCCAUAUACGAGCCGGGUCUGAAAGAGGUGGUUGAAUCAUGCAGGGGAAGAAAUUUGUUUUUCUCCACAGACAUCGACUCAGCCAUCAGGGAUGCAGACCUCGUCUUUAUCUCCGUUAACACCCCAACCAAGACCUAUGGGAUGGGGAAGGGUCGUGCGGCGGACCUCAAGUUCAUUGAGGCGUGUGCUCGGCGGAUUGUGGAGGUGUCUGAUGGCUACAAGAUUGUCACAGAGAAAAGCACAGUCCCAGUUCGAGCUGCUGAGAGCAUUAGACGGAUAUUUGAUGCCAACACCAAGCCCAGCCUCAACCUACAGGUGCUGUCCAACCCAGAGUUCCUUGCAGAGGGAACAGCAGUGCGGGACCUGAAGGAGCCAGACCGCGUCCUGAUUGGUGGUGACGAAACAGCCGAAGGUCAAAGGGCAAUCAGAGCGCUGUGUGCCGUCUACGAACACUGGGUCCCCAAAGCGCGAAUCAUCACCACCAACACGUGGUCGUCCGAGCUUUCCAAACUGGCAGCGAAUGCAUUCCUUGCACAGCGAAUCAGCAGCAUCAACAGUAUCAGUGCUCUGUGCGAGGCCACCGGGGCCGAUGUGGAGGAGGUUGCCAAGGCAAUUGGUAUGGACCAGAGAAUAGGCAGCAAGUUUCUCAAGGCCAGCGUGGGUUUUGGUGGAAGCUGUUUCCAGAAGGACGUGCUGAACUUGGUGUACCUGUGCGAGGCCCUCAACCUGCCUGAGGUAGCCUCCUACUGGCAGCAGGUGAUUGACAUGAAUGAGUACCAGAGGCGGCGGUUUGCCUGCAGGAUCAUCGACUGCCUCUUCAACACUGUUACUGGUAAAAAGAUUGCUCUGCUGGGCUUCUCCUUCAAAAAAGACACCGGCGACACGAGGGAGUCGUCCAGUAUCUACAUCUCUAAAUAUCUGAUGGAUGAGGGAGCCAAGCUGUUCAUCUAUGACCCCAAAGUUCUUAAGGAGCAAAUCAUUCAUGACCUUUCCCAGCCCAACAUCUCGGAGGACAACCCAGAAAGAGUGUCGGAGCUUGUGACUGUGACAUCAGACCCUUAUGAGGCCUGCCAGAGCGCACAUGCAUUGGUCAUCUGCACUGAGUGGGACAUGUUUAAGGAACUAGACUAUGAGAAGAUUUACAAGAAGAUGCUGAAGCCGGCCUUCAUAUUUGAUGGUCGCAGGGUGCUGGACCACCUUCACCCUCACCUCCAGGACAUCGGCUUCCAGAUCGAGACCAUCGGCAAAAAAGUGACCACAACAAGAAUCCCCUACACCCCAGCAGCUGCUUGUCCUCGCAUCACUGCCACCGAACCUCCCACCAAGAAAGCCAAAGCCUAGACCUCACUUCACCCCCACGCACAUGCAGCACAUUCCUCUCUCAACCUUUUUAAUUACUGGUGAAACAUUUCACUGAGGUCCAACCCCUCUGCUGUUGGCACACGCCUAAUGAUCAAAAAAGGCCAAAACAGUGCGACUGAUCGCUCGCCUGCAGGAGGUUGGAUGAGAGGAAGACGUUGAGCCUUUUGUAUGAAUGUGAUCCAUGAAUGUGUUCAACUCUUUGGAGGAAGUUUAGUGAUAAACCAUUCCUGACACAGAAACCGUUAAUUUUAUACAUUUCGAUGUCAAGUAACAUUUGUCAACCAAACAUUUCAGAUGCAGUUAUAAAUGCACCAUCUGUUGAUUGCAAAAGAACACUAUUAGUGUUAGUUUUCUUACAGUAUUUACUCUAUAAUCAAGUAUUGUUGCAAAAUUUUAUACUAUUUUUAAAAUAUUUUUAUAAAUCAUACUGUUCAAUCUUACUGUUAAUGUUAAUCAGUGUUUGUCGUCUGUAUCAGUUACUGUUUACUAAAAACAUCAAUGCA